AUGAGUGGUCAUAUUGUCAGCAACAGGGCUAUGAGUGGUCAUAUUGUCAGCAACAGGGCUAUGAGUGGUUAUGAACUUGACAAUGAAGAAGCCAGUCUACAUUCAUGGAAAAGGGAGGGCAAACCUAUUGGAAGUAAGGAUGGUGGGUCGGAAAUAUUGGUGAAGGAGGGCAAACCUAUUGGAAGUAAUGAUGGUGGGUCGGAAAUAUUGGUGGAGAAGGGCAAACCUAUUGGAAGUAAGGAUGGUGGGUCGGAAAUAUUGGUGAAGGAGGGCAAACCUUCGCUUGGAAGCCAGGAGGGUAGGAUGGACACAUUGGGCAAACCUAUUGGAAGUAAUGAUGGUGGGUCGGAAAUAUUGGUGAAGGAGGGCAAACCUAUUGGAAGUAAUGAUGGUGGGUCGGAAAUAUUGGUGAAGGAGGGCAAACCUAUUGGAAGUAAGGAUGGUGGGUCGGAAAUAUUGGUGGAGAAGGGCAAACCUAUUGGAAGUAAGGAUGGUGGGUCAGAAAUAUUGGUGAAGGAGGGCAAACCUUCGCUUGGAAGCCAGGAGGGUAGGAUGGACACAUUGGAGGGCAAACCUAUUGGAAGUAAUGAUGGUGGGUCGGAAAUAUUGGUGGAGAAGGGCAAACCUAUUGGAAGUAAUGAUGGUGGGUCGGAAAUAUUGGUGAAGGAGGGCAAACCUAUUGGAAGUAAUGAUGGUGGGUCGGAAAUAUUGGUGAAGGAGGGCAAACCUAUUGGAAGUAAGGAUGGUGGGUCGGAAAUAUUGGUGGAGAAGGGCAAACCUAUUGGAAGUAAGGAUGGUGGGUCAGAAAUAUUGGUGAAGGAGGGCAAACCUUCGCUUGGAAGCCAGGAGGGAGGGCAAACCUAUCGAACUAAUGAUGGUGGGUCAGAAAUAUUGGUAAAGGAGGGCAAAUCUAUUGAAAGUAAGAACGAAGGGUCGGAUAUAUUGGUGAAGGAGGGCAAACCUAUUGGAAGUAAUGAUGGUGGGUCGGAUAUAUUGGUGAAGGAGGGCAAACCUAUUGGAUGUAAUGAUGGUGGGUCGGAAAUAUUGGUAAAGGAGGGCAAAUCUAUUGAAAGUAAGAACGAAGGGUCGGAUAUAUUGGUGAAGGAGGGCAAACCUAUUGGAAGUAAUGAUGGUGGGUCGGAUAUAUUGGUGAAGGAGGGCAAACCUAUUGGAUGUAAUGAUGGUGGGUCGGAAAUAUUGGUAAAGGAGGGCAAAUCUAUUGAAAGUAAGAACGAAGGGUCGGAUAUAUUGGUGAAGGAGGGCAAAUCUAUUGGAAGUAAGGAUGGUGGGUCAGAAAUAUUGGUGAAGGAGGGCAAACCUCUUGGAACUAAUGAUGGUGGGUCGGAAAUAUUGGUGAAGAAGGGCAAAUCUAUUGGAAGUAAUGAUGGUGGGUCGGAAAUAUUGGUGAAGGAGGGCAAACCUAUCUGA